AUGGCUUAUUAUCCUCCCCAACCCAACCAAGGCCUGCAAGUGGAUAGGCCACUUUACCAGGGUUCGUCAUCCUCAUACCCAUUCAUUUCCUCCCGUCAGCGACAGGGAUACGAGGAGCAGCCUUAUCGAGAUAACCCACGACUGAAUGAACCAAAAAGUACUUUUGAUCAUUUUGAUUCUCCCCGAGAUGAUUGGACUGGAGCUGGAGCUCAGGCGUAUCGAAAGAGAAAUCGUGGCAAGUGGACUAAGGGUGGAGGUUUAUGGUGCUUGGGGCGGUUCUUCUUCUGCUCAUUAUUUGUCACCAUAUAUCUUGUUGUUGCUAUAAUUCUCGGUCUUGCAUUAUGGCUUCGCCCUCCCGCUCUGUCUUUCACCAAUCCAGGUCUGGACCCAAACCAGCAGAUCAAUCUUGACACAACACUAACUGUUCCCCUUGAGCUGAAUAUCACAGUUAACAACCCAGAUUUUUUUGCUGUAGACUUCAAGUCAUUGUCAGCUGAGGUUCUUUAUCCUGACGUGGAUAACACUCUUGUUGCUAAAGGAAACCUGACCAAUCUCAUUAUCAAAUCCAAUGAGAUCACCAACUUCACCUUCCCUAUUAAUAUCAGCCUCAAUCUAACUGAUGAAAGUGCUGAUGGGAAUGAUUUGAAUGUUGUCCUUGACCUAGCAAAUAAAUGUGGUAUCAUUCCUUCAGGACCGAAGUCACCAAUUCCGCUCACUAUAAAGAUUGGAAUUGGUCUAAGCAUAAUUGGCAUCAAUCUCUCCCUUCCCUCAAUUUCCUUCACAGUCAAUAUCAACUGUCCAAUAGAUAACUCAGAAAUUGAACAGAAACUACAAGUUGAGUGGAAUACUUGGUGGUUUAUGAGAUUCAAGAACAUCCAGCAAGGCUAUUUUGUUGGCAUAAAGGCCAUUCCAAAUUUCAUGACACAGAAUUUGUGA